CAAAGCCUGAUGUGCCGCCCCCACCCCACUGUGCACAGAUCCAGGUGGGGAACUUCAACCAGACCAUUGCCACCCUGCAGCUGGGGGGCAGCGAGACGGCCAUCGUGGUGUCCAUUGUCAUCUGCAGUGUCCUGUUGCUGCUGUCUGUGGUUGCCCUGUUUGUCUUCUGCACCAAGAGCCGCCGUGCCGAGCGCUACUGGCAGAAGACCCUGCUGCAGAUGGAAGAGAUGGAGUCUCAGAUCCGAGAGGAGAUCCGCAAAGGUGGGUACCAGGGCCGG